UUUCUGCCAGCCGGGUUCAUCCACAGCCGCUCCACCUCAGGGGAAGACAUCAAAGACCCGUUGCCUGGCGACCACUUCACAACACGCGUGGAGGAUGGACGAGGCCAGACGUCAUUGGUCAGCAACCUGCAUGACUCCUUGCCCGCCAUCUUGCACAGCAUAGUCCAAACUAUCACGUACCGGGGAGCUGUGCUGAAGGCCUCCAGACACCUUCCUUUCCUUGUGAUGGAGACCGUCAGUAAGAGCGACUCGCUGUGUCGUGUGUGUGGGGACAAGGCGUCGGGGAAGCACUACGGGGUGCCGAGUUGCGACGGUUGCAGGGGCUUCUUCAAGCGCAGCAUCCGACGUAAUCUUGACUACGUGUGUAAGGAGAGCGGACGUUGUGUGGUUGACGUCACACGGCGUAACCAGUGUCAGGCCUGCCGCUUCAACAAGUGUUUGCAGGUUAAUAUGAAGAAAGAUGCGGUGCAACACGAGAGGGCGCCGCGGAACGCGCUGUCACAUCACCAUCACCACCACUACAGCGGGGCGCGGCGGUCACUAUACCAUCCGGGAGCUUCUCCUCCAGGCCUCCUCGACCUGCCGCCAGCUACGGCCGCUUUGUGUUCAGGACUCGGGGGCGUACAGACGCCAGCUGCAGCGCUGUGUACGGGUCUGCAGCAUAACACAGCUGCAGCGGCCGCAGCUUACCUUCACCAACAGCUUCUCGCCUAUAACCCGGCAACCGUUGCGACCGGUGGACUGCCGUUCGCUGCCAUUAAACAGACGGCGACUGGGUUCGCGGCGCCAUUAGGUUUACAGUUUCACCUCCAGUCAUUAGGAUCACCACCUUUGUCUCCUAACAAUGCAACAAGCAGUUACCAUCAUCAUCAUCAGCAGCAUCAACAACAACAUGGUCGAGCAAUGACGUCAUCAGCUGCAAGCGCCAAGGAAGACGAAGUAACUAGUUCAGAAGAAGCGAAAGCCUUCACAGAAAAUAAUAAUGCAGAAAUCAAAGAUCCAUGCGACGGAGGCUACCGAGUCAAUGAAGGUGAGACGUUGACACCCACGCCAUCUCUGAGCCGGCAGUACUCACUACGUCCGCUCGACCUCACCUGUCUCACCCUCCUUCCGGCAGAGAAUGUUUAUGAAUCGGCAGCCAAGUUGCUCUUCCUGGCAGUGAAAUGGGCACGAAGUAUCCCCUCAUUUCUACAGUUGACGUUUCGCGACCAAGCCAUCUUGCUGGAAGAGGCAUGGAGUGAGCUAUUUGUACUGAGCGCCGCGCAAUGGGCGCUACCUGUUGACGAGGAAUCGCUGGUAAAUGGGGCGGUGGCUCCGGCAUCACGGCACGAGGUACUCGAGGAAGACGCCCGGCGUCUGCGAGACACAAUCUCACGGUUCGUGCUCCUAAGGGUCGACCACACAGAGUUCGCCUGUCUCAAGGCCCUGGUUCUCUUCAAGGCAGAGAGCCGCGGACUGCGUGAUGCAGCGCAUGUUGAACUCCUGCAGGACCAGACUCAUGUGAUGCUGCACGAGUACUGUGCUGCCAGACACAAAGCAAGAUUCGGCAAGCUACUGCUGUUGCUGCCAUCUGUCGGCAGCCUGAGCAGGCAGAGUCUGGAAGAGCUCUUUUUCAGAAAGACAGUCGGCGAUGUUCCCAUAGAAAGACUCCUUGGGGACAUGGUCAAAUCCGCCUCGGGCUAGAGCGAACUUGAGUGUCUUAUGGGCUGAAAAUUCGUCAUGAUUUUGAAGGACGCAUUUAUGGGUGCUGUUCGUUUCUCAAAGAUCAAUAACCAGACAUUUUUAUCAUUUGGCGAUUUUAAUCCAUUUCUAGAAUAAACAGUGCUUAUUUUUAAUCACCUUUACUACGGUAUAGAAAACGGAAUGCAUUUCCAUGGACCCUAAUUUCAAAAUAGAGAGGCUUACAGAUGUAUAUAAUAGAGUGGGCAAGAAAUAUUUGACAUAUUUAAAACUUUAUUUUCUAAAACACACUAGUAUUACUAUUGUCUCAUAUGUGCUUGUAAGAUAAAAUGAACCGGAGUGGUGUGUAAAUACAGAGACAGCAAGAUUCCAGAACACUGUGCAUUUAUUCCGUUAAAUCAUUUCGGCUCAGACCCCAGAGCGUUCUUUUGCCGGACAAUAUGAAGUUACGCCUUUAGCGUAGUAUUCAACUGUAUUAGGAACUGAACAUCACUUAGGACCACGCUGAACGAUGACGACGACUUCACAUUUCCUUACGCGCUCCAAUUGGUCCAAGAACAAAGUGAAAAACUAUACACGAACAAGGAUGAAAUUUCCAAACACGUUUAU